AUGCAGCGCACGGACAGAAAUGCCCAGUGCCUCAACUGCGGUGUCCAGCUCAGGGGCCAUGUAAUGUGAUUUUCCCCUCUAAAAGGCACUAAUACUGAAGAAAGGAUCCCAACUUCUCUCCUACUUUCCCUACUUUAAGUAAUUGCUGAUCUGAAAGGGCUGGAUUGGUGAGAGCAGUCGGGCGAUAACUUUCUCUCACGUGAUUAAUACCUCAAAGAAGGAUGCCAAGACACACACAGGGAGAGGUGCAUUUUGGUACCUGCAGUCAGAACAGGCUGUAGUGAGGGAGAAGUGUGGCAAUAUGGAACUGACUGUUUUAGUUUUAGCAGGGCGGGUUGCGGUGAUGAAGUGUAGGAGACCGACUGGUUCUGCAGUAUUGGGUGCAGUAGAGCAGGCUGCAGUGGGGGAGUGUUGAAAGGGGAACUGAGAGAGCAGAGAUUCGAGUGGAAUGUUAAGAGACCACACCUCCCUGUAUCAUGCUACCACUACCAGCCACCCAAGCUCCACUAUCAUUACGCACUCACACCCCGUAAAGUUAGGCUAUAUCCCCCACACACACCACCGUUACUCUUAUCGUAACAUACGGUAGUCAAGAAAUCUGGAUGACUGAGAUACAGAACUAGAAUUAACUGGACUGGCGCCAUAAGUGGCUGAGUGGGCCGACUUUACCACCUGCUCUCCUGAGAGGUUUUAGGAAGAGGGUGUGGAAUUCUGCCCGUGUGUUUGGGGAGAGAGGGGGGAGAAACAGCGGUGCCAUUUGUCUGUCUGGGUUACCACCAUUGCUCUCUAGCCUAAUGUCUGUGUUCUGAGUCAGUAACACACACUAACCACACUCACACACACUACCCUUUCCGUCCCCCUGAGGGAAGUUAGGACCUCUCUGAGCUGGUGUAAAGGAAUAACUCCAGUGAGGCAGUAGACCUACUGCCAUUUCUCCAGCAGGUGUCAGCAGAGCGCUGCUUUAGAAAAAGCUCUCCUUACAGGGAGUUCAGUUUUUUUUUCAUAUGGACAUUUCAUAACACCAUCAUAUUAAUCAUGUGCUUUGGUGAAGUAACAGUACAGUUAGGCUAGAGAAAUGGCCAUCAGGCUAUAUGGAAGCCUUUUCACAUGAGUCAUCUAGGUGUGCCCCUUAGAUAUCCUGUACCUGAUAAAGUUUGAUGUGAAGGAAUGAAUGUGAAUGCGUGUAUAGUGAUGCCCCUGUCCCAUUGCAGAGAUGUAUUUACUACUCCUGCACUGGGGUAGGGACUGAUCACCCCCACACCUGUUGUGUUUGAGUGCAAUGCACUCAUGGCGUUCUGACGGGAAGGGUGCAAAAUUAAAUGGGUAAUCCUGCACAUCUGGAGACUAGAGUGUGUGUGUGUGUGUGUGUCUCUAAACCCUCUGUUGCCCUUUCCCCAGGUCUGCUCCUGCUACAGAAGGCUCUGCGCCUGGCAACCGCCGCCUACAACAGACACAGGCCCAAGUGGAUGAGGUACGACCCCCCCUCACCACACACACACACACCCUUCACUCUAAACAUACUCAGCAUACACAACUCUUACCACCUACAGCAGGAACUGCUCUCUUAUGAUUAUCAGCUGUUGUCAAACACAUUUAGGUCUGAAAAGAUUAUCUUCCUCAUCAGUAUGCAGCAAAUUCAUACUAGAUGAGAAGAUUAAAUGAGUAUGACAUCCUGCCAUUUAAUGUGUACUCUAUUUUUAGAAUGUUCACAUACUAUAAAAACAUUAUAUUCAUGCCUAUCGAUACGGCAGUAUGAGAAUCCAGCCACAGACCCAUCUUCAUUUCCUAGUUGUAGCCUUCUACCUCCCUGGUCCUGUACAGUUUCCCCAGCCUAGCACAGUUAUGUAGUCUCUGGCAGUGAGUCUCCAGAGUGUUUCUGUUAAACAGCAGACCGCCUGUGUAUCUGUUUAGAUGUCUGGGCCACACUGCCCUCAGGAAGAAAGGCUCACACACACAGGCACGCAGGCCCAAACAGAUCCUUCCCUAGCCCUUAUGCACUUGUGUAGAUGUGAGAGUAUUGGAUAGGUUAGAAAUAUUGUAAUAUUUCCAUUAAACAUUCUACAUUAGAAUUUCUAAUAGGCCUGGUGGAAUUUGUGGGAUUCAUUUGGUUGACUGUAGAAGUUACUAACUCUGCUGUAUUCAGGAAGAGCAUCCAUCAACCCUCUGCCUCACACGUGUCCCUCACACGCCUACCAUACCCCUUUACUCCACCCUAACCCUCAGCUCUGUCGCAGUCUCACAACUCUCGCUGAAGCUCUUGGCUUCCCUGGGCAUGUACAGUUGCUCCUAGCCAAGGAUUAUAUAAUAACUGGUAGUGUGUGUUCCAAGAAAUACAUGUUUGUUUUCAGUAGGAAGUCUUGUUUGUGUAUCAGACUGGACACAUACAUAGAGCUUGCCUAUAUACCUCAGGGCAAGGCAAUCACAUCUACCUUCUCUUUAGCUGUAUGUGGAUAAAAAGCCAUUUGUGCUCUGUCUCGCUCGCGUUCUCUUAUCGCUCUGUCUCUCUCUCUCUCCAUGGGGGGUAACUAGUGUACUUAUGCCCCCCCCCCCCCCCCUCCCAAUAACAUUAUCCCCUGUGUCCGACGCCUCCUGAUAGGCUGCUGGUCUCUUAUGUAAUACAUUUUGUCUCCAUGGUUAUGUAAUCACUGCAUGGGCAGGCACAAGCUGCCACCCCUCCCCUCUCAGUCUGUCUGGCGGGAGGGGCAGAUCAGUGGAACAUAUGGGUUAGGCUAUGUGCGCUUUGGGCAAAGAGAGAGCGAGAGUGUGCGUGUGGCAAGUUUGUUUUCUGGCGAGGUGUUCUGUUCCUUCUCUGUGGGCUUUAUUAUGCAACACUGAGCAUCUCAUUGAGACUGCAGCAUUGCUGUCCUCACACAGUGGAGGAUAUAGACAGUAUUGGUGUUGUCUCUGACAGGCCCUGCAUGGUUGUGCAUGAAGACAUUAAUUUCUUAUGCAGUCUAGACGGUCUCUGGGCUCGUAUUAAAAAAAAAACUCUCAGAAUUGGAGUGCUUAUCCAGGAUCCGGUCCCCCUGCCCUGUCCAUAUGUUAUUUAUUAUAAUCUGAAAGGCUAAACUGGCACACAUGUUCUCAUUUCAGCUCAACCUGAGUUUACUGCAGAAACUAACAAACUCUCAUAUAAAUGACUUUUUCCCAUUUUAAAAUGUGUGUGUGUAGGUGGUGGAUAUCAUGCGUGUGAAUGUGGACAAGGUGUUGGAGCGUGACUCGAAGCUGUCGGAGCUGGACGACAGGGCGGAUGCAUUGCAGGCCGGAGCCUCCCAGUUUGAGACCAGCGCUGCCAAACUCAAAAGGAAGUUCUGGUGGAAGAACUGCAAGGUGCAGUACACACACACACACACACACACACACACACACACACACACAACAGCAUAUUGAGAUGUGUGUGAUCUGUGCUCUCCAGAUGUGGGCCAUCCUGAUAGCGGUUAUAGUCAUCAUCCUGGUCAUCAUCAUCGGUGAGUAUAGCUCUGGGUGGAACAGUAUGGGUGGGUAGUAGUGCUGUGCGGGUUGACUCAGAACCUGCAGUCCCCACGGGUUUAGGGUCAUGAAAUAUUGUGUGGAAGAAGGGCGGGUGGGUGGCGGGCAGGUUGAAUAAAUAGAACAAUACCUUUAAAAAAUCCAUAAAUGUAGGCUAUCAUUCUUGUGCAAUUUAUAUCUCUAGGCUACAUUGAGGUUUUUCUUUAAGCCUAAAAUGUAGGGCCAAACUGUGCACGAGCCAAAUAGCCUACACACCAAUCGCCAAAUGCUUUUGGGAACAGGCAGAAAAAGUAAGGACAAUGUCAGAGUUUAAUUCAAUAAGACAAAAGCUGUGAAAUGGAGAGUUGAAAGUAGAGAGAAGGGAGGGCCAGAAAAGUAAUCUUUAGGAAAGAUUUAGUGAAGUGGUAAAAGAUCAUAGCAGGGAAUAUUAUUUGUGAUGAUUGAGGCGCUAUACAAAUUCCACAGUCACAAGAUGGGGACUUCAAAUAGGCCUAUGGCAAGUCAAGGGAACUUCAGCCUACUGUUCAACGUGAUCCCAGAGCAUUUCAUAUUAUUCUGUAUGUAAAUCCGAUACACUCCAUUUACUAUGAUAUUUUACAUUUCUUAAGGUAUGUAUUAAUUUGUGGAUCUCCAUCAUCCAUUUGUUAUAUGUUACAAAUUGCAAUUCGUAUACAAUGUUAUGAAUUUGCAACACGUAUGAUAUGUUACGAAUUCCAAUUUAUUGUUGCUAAUGUUAGCUCGAUGGCUAAUGCUAACAUUAGCUAGCUUUAGGAGUUGGGUUGAAGGGUUAUUUUUCUUUAUUAACCUUUAUUUUAACAGGGUGUCAUUGAGACCAAGUCUCUUUUUCAAAUAAGCCCUGCACAAUACAAACACACAUCAAUAGAAAACAAACUAAAUUGCAAAACAUUAUCAUAAAAAAACACAAUCUUCGCUUAGAGCAUUCCCCUCUGUUUUAAAUUCCAUAAAGGGCAACAGGCAUUGAAGCCUGAGCCUCCCCUGCAACACAUUGUACAUCUGUGGAGCAUAAAAACCAAAAGCAGCUCUCCCUAAAUCAGAAGCCACCCUUAGAACCUCCAGCACUAUCCAAUCUUGUGAUCUUGUACUAUAUUCUAUUGUUUUGACCUUGAUAAGUGUUAUGUAUGAGUUUCAAAGUAGCUAAAAGGUAGUAAGUAGUUCCUAAUUGCUAAAAUUGUCUGUGAGAUUCGAACAUGCUACCUUUGGGUUGCUAGACGUUCGUGUUAUACGCCUACCCAUCCACCCCGACCAAUCACACUACUUUAGUUUUUGCCUUAAAUAACCUUAUCUUAUGUUACCAUACCAAAUGUAACAUACUGUAUCAUACUAAUUGAAGUGUCCCGGAUUAUGUUUACUAUGCUACGUAUAGUGUAUGAGACCAAUCUGACUGUUCAGAUGGGUUAAAUGGAAACUGAAAUCUGGACACUGACUGUUGGUCUAUAACCUCUCACAUAGCCUUAAUUUUAACUCCUGCAGAAUUAAGCAUUUCUUGCCUCGGGAACAGGAGUGGUGUUAUAGGUUUAGUUUUUUUCCAUUUUAUGUUUUGAGGUUGGACUUGAGCACGUGUAGGGCGCACUGAUUAGUGUCACCUCGUUAGUCGGUAUGUGUUACACCUGUGCUGGUUGCCAUCUCGUUAGUGGGAAGGAGUUUCACCUGUGCUGGCCCAGGUGAUAUUUAAGAGUGGUUGGCCCAGUGCUCUAGUGGUCUUGAGAGAUGUGGAGGGUUAACAGCUUUAGUUGGCUCUCCCUAUUUUGACUUCUAGACAAACAAUCCUUUAUCAGAUUUUUUUGUUUUUGUUUUGCUCCACUUUUUGGUUUGUUCUGGUCUUAAGUUUGGUGUGGGUUUUUAUUUUGUUUCCCUCUUCUUGGGCAAAUUUAGUUGGGUGCUCAUGGUGGUGUCUUUUAGGUUCCAGUUGUUGUUGCUAGUAAACUUUCAGUGGACACCACCAUGAGUGUCUUUCAGAACCCCAUCUAAAACCCCACCUGUUUCGUUUUGGCAGUUGUAACUCUUUGUUAGUUCCCCCUUCUGUUUGAGCAACCAUUAUUUAGUUUUCUUGCUUGGGAACGUAACAGUGGAGAAAUUAUUUCAUUCUUUCAGCAUUUUGAGAGAAUGUGAAUGCCAGUUAGCACCUUUACAGACGGUCCCUAUAUUUAUCAGCAAUAUAAAAGCUGAUAUUCUUUAUUUCAACCAUUAUACAAUAUGCAUCCAAGGUGAACUGAAAUUGUAUCAGAAACAUUGUUUUCACAGCUUUCUAUUUCCUUACAACUGGUCAAACUGAUGUCAUUUGGACAUUUUGCACAGAAAAUAUUGGAGUUAUUGCAUUUUCUACCCGGUCCCUAAAUGUCAUUGCUCCACGAAAGAAGCAGAGAUGACAUCGGUGAAGUUGUCGGUCAACUAGAACUAGAUUGAAGCAUUAAUUUCAUUCUAUCGAUUUAUGACAGUCUGGUGAGCAAGGGUAUUUUGAUGACUGAAGAGAAGCUGCAUGUAUCUAAUUAUAGACAAGUUGACUAACAAAUAGCCUACCAAAAUGUUGGAAAUUAUAAGCAGAAACGAAUCCUGUACCCCACAGUCAAAAAGUAGUUUUGCCAUCUCUGACUGUAGCCUACAGCGCAUAUAUUUAUGGGUUGGGUGUGGGCCUUGGACUUUCACUUUAUCACAUAGUCGGCCGGUUGUGGAUGGGUUAUUAGAAACUGCGGGUGGGUUAUUAGCAGUUGCCGGGGGGGUGAACAAACGGCUAACCCGCGCACCAUUAGUGGGUAGGGCCAAUACUGGGAACAAAGGUUAUGACUAGGUUGAGUGAGGCCUAUGACUCUUUCCUUCAUGUGGUUGUCUGUGUGUGCCUAACUCCUCUCUGCCUUCUAUGUCAGUCUGGAGCACAGUGCCGUAAAGAAGCAGUUGUUGGAGGCGGAAGAGGAAUGGAGCGAAUGAUGGAGAGGAGCGAGUAAAGAGCUGAAUGUCUCAAACACGAUGUCUCAUGGUUUAGCCUACUGAGCUUCAAAGCCCAUUCUAUACAGCAGUUGUCUUUCUUUCUGAUCCCGGAGGGCCUAUCCAGUGAGAUUUAGAAUGAUACAUUGCAGAUAGAAAUGUAUUGCAUGGAACUGACACCAUUCUUCAUUCCAUGAUAGAAAGUCAUGUUCAUUUUGUACAGUACCUUUUCUAUCUGCAACUCUCUGAAUGUACCUGCUGAAUAGACUCCUGGUUAAACUAUAUAUAAAUGUCAGACACACACACACUGUGGCCCUCCAGCACCAGGAGUGAAGCACACUGCUUUGAAUUUCUCCCCGUUAUAUUUUUAUUUUUUGUUUUUAUUAAUAAUACUAAUAUAUUUGAUUGUGUGUGUGGCAGAGCGAGACAAGUCCCUGUGUGCUUUCCUGUUAGUCUCUACUGUAAUAUUGACCUGAUGUGCCAAGGAGUCACCCGCCACCCCCUUAAACACACACACACACACACACACACACCAGUGUGAAGUCCCACACCAGUCAUCAGAUCAGAACACCAAAUGACAUGGACUAUUGGAUUAUUAUAUCCACAAACAACUGGGCAUGGCUGAGAUUCAGUCUCAACCUUGUUCCCGUCUCUAAUGGGACUGGGUGUGUGUGACCCUAAAUAUGUGGGCUUGAGUUCAGAGAAACUCCCAAGAUGCCAAGACAGGCACACAAGCCUUGUUUCUUUUCUGUUUGUCAGUCAUUUUGGUCGAGCAGACUAUGAUACUGCCACUGCCAUCAGUGCCACUCCUGUCAUAUAAAAAUAGGGCCUUAAGUAGUGAUUCAUGUCAAAGCACCAAACAAUAGAUAUCAGGCAAAGAUGGGGGAUGACAUUUCGGCUGCCUUGAACUUAAGAAACACAGCCAAAAGACAGCCAAGCCUUAUCGAACCAACAUACAGAACCAGCAGUGCCUUUUCAAUGGUCUGCAUAUUCAUGCCCGCACACACAUACAGGCACUAAUGGUCUUCUUCUCUGCAGGCUCCUGCUAUCCUUCAUAUUAUGCUACUCACCAAGUCCACUCACCGCUGUAUGAGAAUUCUAGAACCGUUCAAAUUUUUUUAUUAAUUUGAUGCCAAUAAAUGUAUUUGUUUUUGUUCCAUAAAUAUCUUUGCUGUGUAGUGUUACUAAUCUUAAGAGAGAAACUGUGUGGUUUAUUUUUCUUUGCAUACUGAAAUGCCUUUAGUUGCCAUGAUACAUUUGCUUCUGCAGUGAAGAGCAUCAUGGAUGUUUGGGAAGGAGGAACUGUCAGGAGCAUGUUCAGUAUGUGUCACCCCCUUUUAAAGGGUGCCAAAACCAAGGGCCUAUUCUCUGGGGUGCAACUCUAUGGAUCCUUCAGAGGUGUAUUGCAUAGAACCAAUGUCACUGUCUUGUUGAAGAGUGAAUUUUGUUCAAUUCAUUACAUUUCUAUCUGAAGUGCUCUAAAGAUGUUUGAACUUACUGAAUAAACUCCAGCCCUGCCAAAUAAGCCUUACCCAAGUCUACCCCUCCCUGUGUGAAUAUUAGAAAGAAGUGCAAUUGUACUAUGUGGCUUUACAAUGUUGUCUUGCUUGAAUAAAAACAGAUUUAACUAUCACACAA